CCUGUCCAGGCUUGCAUGGAUCUGAGUCGUGCACUGCGUAGGGAGCAGGGAGCAGGGAGCCAUUCGAGACACAGCCACGGAUUUGGUCUCGGAUCCACAGAGGCAGCAGUCAUAGUGUACACGCUGAACAAGACAGGAAAGAAAAAUCACACUAAAUUCAACGGAACCCAACCCAGUCUACCCGCCUGGCCCACCAGAUACAGGAAUAAACGAACCGUCUCACAAGAGCGACGCUCAACUGAUGCGACGCUGGAAGGAGCGAUGGCGGCGGUUCAAACUAAGCGAGACCUGGAGGAGGAUUAUUCGCUACUGCCGGUGGUUCACGACAUCAUUAAGUGCAUAGACAAAGACAGCGCUGAUGUGCACCAGGAGCUGGUCAAACUCAAGUCUAAGAUUCAGGAAGCCCGAGACCAGAUCAGCUCCAUGCCUGGGAUUGACGUGAGUCCAGCGGUGCAGCAGCAGCAGCUUCUGACGCUGCGAGAACAAGUGCGGACGAAGAAACAGCUGCUGAAGAAGUACAAGAGCCUCUGCAUGUUUGAAGUGCCCAAAGCUUCGUAAGAACUGAGGCCUUUCUCACGCCUAAGGACGCUUCCAGAGAGGAGCGUAACCCGGAGGACGGCGCUGAUGUGGGAACAGUUACAGACUUUAUACUGACAUGUUUAUGUUUUAUAAGAUGGGACGUUCAGAUGGAGGGAAUCUGCUGAAGGUGCAUCAAAAACUAUUCUGCCAUGUCAUUUUUCAAGCCUACGUCCUUAAAGGGGAACUCCACUGGUUUUCUAAGAUGCAAACAAAGACAUUCAGCAUGGGUUGAUGGGAAAUGCUCCAUUCUAGAGGAGCUUACCGAGUCAGAACUGUUCACAGUGGUGGUGAUGGGAACCAGAUGUCCUCUGAAAGCUCCCUCACAGAAAGUUAUUACAUGAUAUGAUUCAAUAUAAGCCACCUGAUAUCUAACACACACACACACACACACACACACACACACACACACACACACACACACACAUUUAUAUUUAUUUAUAUACAGCGCUGUGUGAAAGUUUUAGGCG